UUAAAUUCCAUCAAUUACUAUUCAAUAUCUUCGAAAUAAAAAAAAAUGAUGUAAGAGAUUAAAUAUUAUAAUUCAUUAGAAGAAUUUUUAAACUCUUCACUUUAAUCUCAUUAGGAUCUCCAUAUUAAUCUGGCGUAUAUUUCGAGUUAAAUUGGUGAAAAUAGUGCAUCAGGCUUAGGUCCUACUUUAGCAAAUAGCUCUAAGCUCUCAUAUUUGGCACCUUAUCUUAGGUCCAAUUAAAUUGGUGAUGAGGGUGUAUCAGCCUUAGGAUCUGCUUUAGCAAAUUGCACUAAUCUGUUAAAUUUGACACUUAAUCUUAAUUUCAAUUAAAUUGGUGCAAAUUGUGCAUCAGUCUUAGGUUCUGCUUUAGUAAAUUGCACUAAUCUCUCAAAUUUGAGACUAGAUCUUUUUAAAAAUGAAAUUGGUAAUGAAGGUGUAUCAGCCUUAGGUUCUGCUUUAAAAAAUUGCACUAAUCUCUCAAACUUGAUACUUAAUCUUAAUUGCAAUUAAAUUGAUGCAAUUGGUGCAUCAAACUUAGGUUUUGCUUUAGCAAAUUGCACUAGUCUCUCAGAUUUGACACUUAACCUUAAUAACAAUAAAAUAGAUGUAGAAUAGAAUAGAAAUACUCGCACAUAUAAAUGCACUCAGAAUACAUCUUAAAAAUAAUAUUAUAUUUUAAUUUUCUUUAUUUUUAAUAUAUUUAAUAGAAGUUCUAUUUGAACUACCUAAACUACCUGUUUUAGGUAGUUUGUUUUUAUUUUAUUUUUAUU